AUGUUCAAAAAUACAUUUCAAAGUGGUUUUCUUUCAAUAUUAUACAGUAUUGGUAGUAAACCAUUACAGAUUUGGGAUAAAAAGGUACGUAAUGGACAUAUCAAAAGAAUAACAGAUAAUGAAAUUCAAUCACUUGUCUUGGAAAUUGUUGGUACAAAUGUUAGUACAACAUAUAUAACAUGUCCAGCUGAUCCAAAAAAAACUCUUGGCAUUAAACUACCAUUUCUUGUUAUGAUUAUAAAAAACUUAAAAAAAUAUUUUACAUUUGAAGUACAAGUACUUGAUGAUCGAAAUGUUCGUCGUCGAUUUCGAGCGAGUAAUUAUCAAUCAACUACACGUGUAAAACCAUUUAUAUGUACAAUGCCAAUGCGUUUGGAUGAUGGAUGGAAUCAAAUUCAAUUUAAUCUAUCGGAUUUUACGAGACGUGCUUAUGGUACAAAUUAUAUUGAAACACUUCGAGUUCAAAUACAUGCUAAUUGUCGUAUUCGACGUGUUUACUUCUCGGAUCGACUUUAUUCAGAAGAUGAAUUACCACCGGAAUUCAAAUUAUAUUUACCGGUUCAAAAGAAAUAA